AGGCGAAGAUGGAGGAGGAGGAGGAGGAGGUCUUCAGGAAGAGCUGCAGCUCCACGUCCCUCCCACCUGCUCAGCUGGACCGGUCCCCGUCGUCCCCGUCCGGGUCCAGGUCUCACUGGUUCCACACUCUGCAGGUCCGGAGGCUCCAGGUCCAGCGAGGACGCAGCAACAGCGACCCGCUGAGGGCGGCGAGCUGCCAGGACGUCUUCACCUGGAAACCGGGCCUGCAGUUCGGCGCCGCUCAGUCCUACCUGAGUCUGGAGAAGCUGGGAGAAGGAGCGUUCGCUUCCGUGUACAAAGGAAUCAGCAGGAUCAACGGGCAGCUCGUGGCUCUGAAGGUGAUCCGCAUGAAGACGGAGGAGGGCGUCCCGUUCACCGCCAUCAGAGAGGCGUCUCUGCUCAAACGUCUGAAACACGCCAACGUCGUCCUGCUGCACGACAUCGUUCACACCAGAGAGACGCUGACCUUCGUCUUUGAAUAUGUGCAGACCGACCUGUCGCAGUACCUGCAGCAGCACCCCGGGGGGCUGCACUCCCACAACGUGCGGAUCUUCAUGUUCCAGCUGCUGCGAGGCCUCUGCUACGUCCACAGCCGCCGCAUCCUGCACCGAGACCUGAAGCCCCACAACCUGCUCAUCAGCUACCUGGGAGAGCUCAAGCUGGCCGACUUCGGUCUGGCCCGGUCCAAGUCCAUCCCCAGCCAGACGUUCUCGUCGGAGGUGGUGACGCUGUGGUACCGCCCGCCCGACGUGCUGCUGGGCUCCACCGACUACUCCACGGCGCUGGACAUGUGGGGCGCCGGCUGCAUCUUCAUCGAGAUGCUGCAGGGGGCGCCGGCGUUCCCAGGACUGUCGGACGAGUUCGAGCAGCUUCAGAAGAUCUGGGCGGUCUUGGGCGUCCCCUCUGAGGACAGCUGGCCAGGGGUCAGCCAGCUGCCCAACUACAAGCCAGAGUGGUUCCUGCCCUCCAAGCAAAAGCCGUUCAGGACCGUUUGGAAAAGGCUGAACCAGCUGCCCUACAAGACCGAGGACCUGGUCCAGGACAUGUUGAAGGUUGUUCCUGCAGACCGGAUCUCAGCCCAGGACUCCCUGCAGCACCCGUACUUCAGCACUCUGCCUCCUCCCAUCAUGCACCUCCGAGACACGACGUCCAUCUUCAAGGUUCCCGGCGUUCGUCUGGAGACGGAGGUCAGAGACAUUUUCAACCCUGGACGGAGGAUCAAACCGUCCGUGCUGCCCGCCGCUAAGUGUUGGUGAGCAAACGGUCCAAUCAGGGACAAGACGAACCCGCCGACUGUCGUACGUGACUCAUCGGAAAGAGUUUUAAGUCAUUCACGUAUUUACAGAGAGACUGGAGGGGAAGAUCUAACCAACGCAGUCUGAAUGUGCUUGUUCUGUAAAAGUUGAAGAAAUGUUGGAAAAUGAAGCAUCAGCGAUUAAAUUCAAACAUGUUGCUCUCUGCAGCUGUCGGCCUUGAAUGAAAUCUCUGAUCUGGUCACAAGAUGGACAUGUUUAGCCUAGCUUAGCACAGAUGCCAGAAGUUGGGGGAACAGUGAGCGUAGCCUCAAUGUUAAUAGUAAGUAGCAUUAACUCGGAAAGUAGCUUACCAGCAAAUCGGCAAAACAUGAGGUGUGUUAGCAAACAUAGCGCAUUGCAGCUAAUUCUUGCUGUUAACCUGCUAAUGAAAGAUGACUAUGAUACCAUAAGUCGUUAGCUUAGUAGCAUAGACAAAAGACAUAAUGCCACUACUAAGGCAUCGAGACACAAUCUGACACUGAGAAACGCUAACAUGCUUCUAUCACUAAUAUAUUGUUUAGCUGCAUCUGUUUUUUUUUACAAUAGCUUUCAGUUUAUAGCUUUAUGUAGGCUAACACUUAGUAUUAAUUGAAGAUUAGUACUGUCUCUUUGGCUUCUAGCUCCAAUUGCCUCAGCAUGCUUUAGCAUCAGCUAGCUAGUUAAAUGCUUAUCUAAAUGUGUUAUGACUUAACAGUUUUAGAUCAUAAGACACGAGCAGACUUUUAGGGAGUUUGUUUUCUGGUAAGAGGAUAGACAUGUCUAUCUAGCUUAGCUUAACUAUGCUACUCUAGCACAAAUGCCAAAAAAAAUAAAAAAUCUCCUGGCCUUUUUACAAUGGGGAAUAAGAAACCUUAGCUGAGAAGCUAGCUUAGAAACUCAUUAAUCAGUUAAGUGUGGGCAAGAAUGUGUUAGCAAGCACAAUACAUGACAGCUAACACAGCUAACCUGAUAACUAAAGGUUACUGUCAUCCCAUAAGUUUGUGGUAGCUCUGGCAAAUGUUGACAUAGCUUCAUGCUAACAGACUCACAUAUUAUCACAGCUGCAAUGCACAGUUGCACACUAACAUGUUGAGUCCCUUGCCAAGCAUAGCAUAUGGCAGCUAACACUUACAGCUAACCUGUUAAAUAAAGUUUACCGUUAUUCCAUAAGUUGUUAACUUAGUAGCAGACAAACGCUGACAUAUUACUACCAACAGACAUCCAAACACACGCCAACACUAAAGAAAUGCUAACUUGCUAAUAUGACAUGCUUUUAUUGCGUUUUAUUUUAAUUUAGCUGCUGGUUGGUGGUUUUGUGCAGGGUAACAGUUAGCAUUUAGAAAGACUAGUGUUGCCGCCUAAGCACAUAGCUCCAACUACCUCUGCAUCAGCUAGCAAGAUUAAUGCUAAGCUUAAUGUCAAUCAAAUUAGCAGUGUUAGCCUAUUAUGUAGCAUUAGCAGGUCACAAAAAAAUGUUAGCAUUGCAGCAGAGUUUUUCUGUUUCAAUAAAGAAUUUCUGUUUUAAAUAAAGAUUUCUACAUUAAACUUUCCUCAGAUUAGCUGUUAGCAUGUUAGCAUGAAGUGGCCACAGAAAUGCGGGGUGUCACAUUAAAGUUUUUCUGAGCUGAAUCUUCGCAUGUGGAAAUCUCAUCUAAUGUCAUUUAUUGUUGAUCUAAAUGUGAAGCGUCCCCUCGGUCUUCUGUUUUGCUGUUAGCAUUCGUUAGCAUGUGUUAGCAGCAGCUUAAUGAGGAUUCUCUGUGAAGACGUCCCCUGAAACUCUGCAUGAAUAAUGAAUGAAGCUGAUUAAAGCUCCCGGCUGACUCUCGCUAACCGACAUGUUUGUGUCGUAGCGAGCGGCCGCUGCCUUCACAGGAAAACUUUAUUAACACACAAAGAAACAGACGAAGCUGCCGACAGCAGAACGAAUCAAACAAUAAAACGCAUCAGAGUGAAAA